GCGCAGGGGGGACUGCCCCACCGACGGGUGGAGCGACUGGCGCUGCUGCACCUGCUCAUGCGCCUGCACCGCGAAGCCCACGCGCGCUCCGGCAACCCGGUGAAUGCUCUGGGGCAGGCGAUAGCGCAGCAGCAGUUCAACGCGCUCGUGGACGUCAUGACCUACGAAGAACUCUACGAGUAUUUUGGGGGUCCAUCGAUGCCGGAGGGGAUGUCUGAGGAGGUGAUGGAGAGCCUGCCCACUGCCAAAGUGGCUUGGCAGGAUGGCGCCGCCACCGUCACUGGCAGACAGGUGGGCGAGUGCGCGAUCUGCCUGGAGGGGUUCGCGCGCGGGGAGAAGGUGCGGGAGCUGCCGCAGUGCUGCCACGUGUUCCACCAGGCAUGCGUCGACCGAUGGCUGCGCAUGCACAACGCCUGCCCGCUCUGCCGCACCGCCCUGGGAACACACCCCGGCACCGGGUGUGCCUGAUGUAAAAGUGGGAGAUUGCAGGCUGUGCAUGCACUUGCACACUGCUUGCCGCCUCUGCAGAAACUUCCUCUGAUCAUCGGCCUGCGGAGUCAUAAAUCAUAAAUCGAGAGCUGCGAAUGGGCGAAUUGUGCUCCUCUCAGCUGCACCGCCCUGGGAACAAACCCCGGCACUGGGUGUGCCUGGUGCUGGAGGCUGUACAGCAGCGUGGGCCAGGGAGGCAUACGCCCUCUUUGCCAGGCGCCAGCAAUUGUGUCCAGCAUGAGAGGCACUCAAUACUG